AUGCGAGCGUUGCACUUGGCGUGUCUGCUGUGUCUCGCCCUAUCGUCAGCCGCACAACAGAUACACGACGUUUGGCAAACGACAUGGGAUCGGUCAAAAUUGUUCACAAACGUCUCACCGACCAAGCCGAUCAACUUUACGACGUCGGUGGAUUCUCCGAGCGUGAAAGUUCACGUAGAUGAUACUCGGGAAGUUCAAGAAAUAGUUGGGUUCGGCGCAACAUUGACCGAUAUAUCGGCUCUAACUCUCACGAAUAUGAAGGUUACCGACUCUGUUAAAUAUUGGGAGCUUUUGAAACGCGCGUUUGAUGUCACCUACGGGUCAGACUCAGCUGGGCUGAACUAUCUUCGAGUUCCACUAGGCGCUACAGAUUUCUCUUCCACCGUAUAUAGCCUGGAUGAUACUGAGAAUGACACGAAUUUUCGUUACUUCGACGUCAAUCGUGCUCCUUCAUACGUCUUCAGCACACUCAAGGAUAUCCGGUCCGUGAACGAGCAUUUGAAGGUUGGUGCAUCUACUCUGUUUAUCAUCAAAAUGCCAUUAAUUUGA